GACCAGUCAGAGUACAAGGUCUAUUAAUUCUGUCGUGAAACGUGUUUCUAUAGUCAAUAUCAUAAAUGUGAUCUUUCUCAUUUCACAUAUCAAUCAAAAUAUUAUUGAAAUAUGCUAAAUUGAAUUUAACCAAAAAUCUUUUGCAGGCAAAUGAACACUAACCCAACAUGGGCUUUUUUUUAGGAAAAGAUUACUUGGGCCUCGAUUAUCAGCUCAUUCGAUAGGGUAUCCAAUUUAUCACCUUAAAUUUCAAGAACAAUUACAGUAUACAAUAUAUUUUAACAAUUAUUCAAUGACAAGAUGUAUAUUUUACCAAGUCAAAUUUGUCAUAAUAUAAUCCUUCGAAAUAGAAGAAAGUUGUUCGUGAGAAUCAAUUUUCAAUACAUACUCUGCAUUAAUCAGAAAAUGGCUCUGCAACAACCUGCAUUAAGGAUUCGGAUUGAAAUCUGAGCGGUUCUGAGCAAUCACAUACAUGAACAAACAAUAGAAUCGCGAAAAACACAUCAGAGAGAGAAAAAGGAAGGAGAAGCAGAGGGAGAGAUGACCUGCAAGAGGGUAUUAAUAAUUGGAGGCACAGGGUACGUAGGUCAACAUCUUUUAGAAGGAUUAUCAAAUGUAGCCCUUGAGCAAGACUUUGAUCUAGCAUUCACGCAUCACUCACAUCUUCCUCCGGAGCCAUUGCUUAAAGCCAUUCAUUCCCAUUGUCUUGCUUUUCCUGUUGAUUUACGAAACGGGGAUGGUUUUGAUGCCAUUUCUGUAAAAUUUGGCCAGCCUGAUGUGGUGGUGAACUUAGCUGCACUUUCUGUUCCUCGUGCCUGCGAGAUGGAUCCUGUUACUGCUAUGUGUGUCAACGUGCCAUCUGCACUUAUCGAAUGGUUUAGUAGCUUUGAAGAUGAAACUACUCUUCUGAUUCAUCUUUCCACUGAUCAUGUUUAUGAAGGGGUAAAAGCCUUCUACACGGAAGAGGACGAGACUGCUCCAGUGAAUGUAUACGGGAAGUCCAAAGUCGAAUCAGAACAUUUCAUUUCCGAAAACUGGGCCAACUAUGCAAUUCUGAGAAGCAGUAUUAUAUACGGGCCACAGACUGCUGCACCUGUUCGUAAGUCGCUUCCGGUUCAGUGGCUUGAUAGUCUUCUUGCCAAGGGACGAGAGGUAGAAUUCUGUCGUGAUGAAUUCCGUUGCCCGAUCUAUAUCAAAGAUGUAAUUACUAUCAUACAAACAUUGAUUAGCAGAUGGAUGUCAGAUUGUAACAAUAUGCAGUUGGUUCUUAAUGUUGGGGGGCCAGACAGAGUAUCGCGACUCCAAAUGGCGGAGACUGUGGCAGCUGUUAGAGGUUAUAAAAGCUCACUACUCAAACCAAUAUCAGCUUCAUUAAUUGAUCGCGGUGUCAAGUCCCCUGCUGACAUAUCAAUGGAUAUAAGCAAGCUGAUUCGAGUACUAGGCUUUUCUCCCAUGAAAUUCGAAGAAGGUGUCAGAUUAACAUUGACAGAGGCAACUCAAGGCGCCUAAUCCUAAUUUUGAAAGCUCUAGCUCUUGUAAAUGUUGUGCUCUAUCACAUGCUAAAGAAUAUGUACAUGUGUAACUGUAUUAGCCCUAAUUUAGUUUUGGUUUUGCAUGUUAAAUUAGAGAAAAUCGUAGGUUUAGCCCGCAUGCAUGUUGUUUCAUGCUCAUUAGUUUGAGUCUAGAAGACAAUUUUACAAUAUGUUGCAUAUUUGCAGGU